UCCGCCUCAAGUGGUGUUUCCUUCAGUCGCAGUGCAACGUCCAGGACCUCUAGCAGGAGAGGAUUUUUGUUUUGCCGUUGGUAGCUGUUUACUAUCUGGAAUCAGUGAAGUGCCCGGAGCACUGCCGCUGCCAUGAACAUGUCGGUCCCAAGCGCACUCAUGAAGCAACCGCCCAUCCAGUCCACGGCUGGGGCCGUCCCGGUUCGCAAUGAGAAAGGUGAGAUUUCGAUGGAGAAAGUGAAGGUGAAACGUUAUGUAUCGGGAAAGAGGCCAGACUAUGCCCCUAUGGAGUCCUCCGAUGAGGAGGAUGAAGAAUUUCAGUUCAUUAAGAAAGCCAAAGAACAAGAAGCAGAGCCUGAGGAACAGGAGGAGGAUUCAUCUAGCGACCCUCGACUACGACGUUUGCAGAACCGUAUUAGUGAAGAUGUGGAAGAGAGAUUGGCUCGACAUCGGAAAAUAGUGGAACCUGAAGUGGUAGGAGAAAGUGACUCAGAAGUAGAAGGAGAUGCUUGGCGCAUGGAACGAGAAGAUAGCAGUGAGGAGGAAGAAGAAGAAAUUGAUGAUGAGGAAAUAGAGCGGCGCCGUGGCAUGAUGCGUCAACGAGCACAGGAGAGAAAAAAUGAAGAGAUGGAAGUCAUGGAAGUGGAAGAUGAGGGACGUUCUGGGGAGGAGUCAGAAUCAGAGUCUGAGUAUGAAGAGUACACAGACAGUGAAGAUGAGAUGGAGCCUCGCCUUAAGCCAGUCUUCAUUCGAAAGAAGGACCGAGUAACAGUUCAAGAACGUGAGGCUGAAGCAUUGAAACAGAAGGAGCUGGAGCAGGAGGCUAAACGCAUGGCUGAGGAGAGGCGCAAGUAUACACUCAAGAUUGUAGAAGAGGAGACCAAAAAAGAGCUGGAGGAAAACAAGCGAUCCCUGGCUGCACUGGAUGCACUGAAUACUGACGAUGAAAAUGAUGAGGAGGAAUAUGAGGCCUGGAAAGUUCGGGAACUAAAAAGAAUCAAGAGGGACAGAGAAGAUCGAGAAGCACUUGAGAAGGAGAAAGCAGAAAUUGAACGCAUGCGAAACCUGACUGAGGAAGAGAGGAGAGCUGAGCUCCGUGCAAAUGGCAAAGUUAUUACCAACAAAGCUGUUAAGGGCAAAUACAAGUUCUUACAGAAGUAUUAUCACCGGGGUGCCUUCUUCAUGGAUGAGGAUGAAGAAGUAUACAAGAGAGAUUUCAGCGCACCUACCCUGGAGGAUCAUUUCAACAAAACAAUUCUUCCCAAAGUCAUGCAGGUCAAGAACUUUGGGCGCUCUGGUCGUACCAAAUAUACCCACCUUGUGGAUCAGGACACCACCUCCUUUGAUUCAGCAUGGGGCCAAGAGAGUGCCCAGAACACGAAGUUCUUUAAACAAAAGGCAGCUGGGGUACGAGAUGUAUUUGAACGGCCAUCUGCCAAGAAGCGGAAAACUACUUAAAGGUCAACUACUUAUCUUCCAGCUGUGGGACACAAGGGCAAGUCUCAGUGUCUGGUCCUUUGCUUUCACUAUUAUUUACAUGGGCUAUGUAUCCAGCCUGUUGGACCUACUGCCAUACUUGUGACACUGGGUAACCCAGUUUUGGAAGGUGCUUUGUGCGGUUUGGACUCAUGCUGAGAAACCCACAUAAAAGCACUACCCAGGUAGGAUUACCCCCACUUAAAAUUAUUUCUGAGAAAUCUUCGUUUUCAUCAUUGCUCUGGCUUCCCAAAUUUACUUGGGACUGUUUCAAGUUUUUUCCUAGCCCCAUAGCUUGGGUCAUAAAUAUAGGCAUGUAAAUGGACAGUGCAUUACUUCUACCUUACAAGAAACCUGAGCUCAUUGAAACCUGAUUUACCUUUUUGGCUCAAGUCAAUUUUUCUAGGUGAAUGUACUUUUUAAAUCCAUUUAUGUACAUGUCAAUAAAUAAAAGAAUCACAUGAGA